CUUUAUGUCGCUGCUCGGGACUUGGGACAAUUAGUAGGCUACAAAAUCAUAGAAAACGGUCGCAUGAAACGUGUAACUUCACUACCUAAAAGAGGCGAUGGAAUACGAAACCGAUCGCCAAAGCAAAGCGUAUGGGUAUAAAAAAGAGAAGAAUUAUACCCGGGAGAGUGUAUUGGGCAAAAGCAAAGCACCAAGAAUAGUUCCGUUUACCAAACCAAGUACUCAACAAGACUCUCCUCUCAUUUUCAAAUAUGCUUCUGCAACAUCUCUGAAAUUCUCAUUACCACCUCAGAAAAAAAGGAAAUCCACAAAAUGGGACUUUGCUUCUCAAAAUCUAGUAGUCAAGAAAUCCCAAUCUCUUCCUCGGAUUCACCUGGAUACAAAGCUCCCACCAAAAGAACCCAACAAGCCCGCUAUGAUCCUCCUGUCAAACCUCCUUCAGCACCCAAAUCAGCUCCUCCCUCCAAGUCUUUGGCUAGACUUCCUUCCAAUUCAGAGUUUGGUCCCAUUCUUUGCAGGCCUUGUGUUGAUGUCCUCUCAGUUUACGAUAUCGGUAAAGAACUGGGUAGGGGUCAGUUUGGAAUAAUUCGUAUUUGUUUUGAUAAGAGAACUGGGUUAGAAUACGCCUGCAAGUCUAUCUCAAAGCGGAAGCUUAUAAACGAGAAGAUUGAGGAUGUUAGGAGAGAGAUUGCCAUACUCCAGCACCUGACUGGACAGCCUAAUAUUGUGGAGUUCAGGGGGGCUUAUGAGGAUAAAAAUAAUGUGCAUGUGGUGAUGGAGUUGUGCUCCGGCGGUGAACUUUUUGAUCGGAUUAUUGCCAGGGGGAAUUACUCUGAGAAAGAAGCAGCCUCCAUCGGUAGGCAGAUUGUUAAUGUGAUUCAUGUGUGUCAUUUCAUGGGUGUCAUGCAUAGGGACUUGAAGCCUGAGAAUUUCUUGUUGGUGAGUAAAGAUGACGAUGCUCCUCUUAAAGCCACUGACUUCGGACUCUCUGUUUUCAUUGAGGAAGGUAAGAAGUAUAGGGAUUUAGUUGGAAGUGCAUACUACAUUGCUCCGGAGUUGUUGGAGCAAAACUACGGGAAGGAGGUAGAUGUAUGGAGUGCUGGAAUCAUUUUAUAUAUUCUUCUAUGCGGUGUGCCUCCAUUUUGGGCUGAAACUGAGAAGGAAAUUUUUAAAGCUAUCUUAGAUACUGAUCUUGACUUACAAAGCUCGCCUUGGCCUUCUAUAUCGCCUUCUGCGAAGGAUCUGGUCAAGAAGAUGUUAACAAAGGACCCUAAGAAAAGAAUUACUGCCGCUGAAGCCCUUGAGCAUCCAUGGUUGAAGCUGGAUGGAGAAGCGUCUGACAAACCCAUAGAUAGUGCUGUUCUUAGUAGGAUGAAGCAGUUCAGGGCAAUGAACAAGAUGAAGAAACUUGCACUAAAGGUGAUAGCGGAAAACCUUUCAACAGAAAAGAUCAAGGGCUUGCAACAGAUGUUCAACAACAUGGACACUGACAGAAGUGGCACAAUUACCCUCGAUGAACUUAAAGUUGGAUUGCACAAGCUAGGAUCUAAGCUUUCUGAAGAAGAGAUAAAGCAACUGAUGGAGGCUACUGAUGUUGACAACAAUGGGACUAUUGAUUAUCUUGAAUUCAUUACUGCCACCAUGCACAGGCAUAGACUUGAGAAGGAAGAAAACUUGUUCAAGGCUUUCCAAUACUUUGACAAGGAUGGCAGUGGGUUUAUCACAAGAGAUGAACUGAAACAAGCCAUGACUGAAUAUGGAAUGGGUGACGAUGCUAGUAUAGACGAGGUCAUUGAUGAUGUUGAUAUUGAUAAGGACGGAAGAAUCAAUUAUGAAGAGUUUGCAACUAUGAUGAGAGCGGGAACACAUGAGUCAGACGCAUCACUAAAAAUUAUUUGAUCGUCUGUGCCACUUUUGAUUCAUUUUUAUCAUAAGAAUACAUGCUUAUACCGAAUAAGUUUUAUGUAUUUAACGUAUAAACUAAAAGUGAGAAGAUAAAAUGAUGGAUCGAAUAUGUAAAUGAAAAUGAUGUACAUUAAUAGGAUUCGGAGAAUUUACUA